AAGCAUAUAUGUUUAGUACUUGCUAAUGUAUUAAGGGGAAAGACGAGCCUCGUUCGAAAUACAACAUUGACGGACAGUAUGAUGCUUUAUCGAGCGUAUCGAGGGCUAUAUACAGUAUUACCAGCCAAAUGCCUCCUCGACCGAUAGUCUCGCCGCCGCGUCGGAUCACCAGAUCCUCGCUGGCGCGCUUCCGUUUCGGCGACGACGGCUCCAACUCCAGCACCAAGGAGAAUUCGACCCCUCCUCCUGCUACAGAUAUCGAGGACGUGAUCCCGAAUACGGCAUCUAUACGAAAACGUAAACGUACCACAACAAUCCUCGAAACCCCUUCAUCCUUAGCCUCAUCCCCACGGCCCGCUACCAAGAUAGAAAAGAUCGAAGAAGAGAUCGAGACGAAGAAACUUCCCGCCCCACGACGCCAGCGCAAACCCGCCCGCAAAACCCUCGACGCAGAGACUGGGGAAUCUAAGGUUACCGCGCCUUCCGACUGGGAGGAAAUCUACGACACCGUCAAAGCGAUGCGCCAGCCAGGCGGUCCAGCCUCCAACGCAGCCGUCGACACCAUGGGCUGCGAGCGUCUAGCACUCACCUCCGCAAGCCCGCGCGACCAACGUUUCCAGACGCUAAUCGCACUAAUGCUCUCGUCACAAACAAAAGACACCACCAACGCCAUCGCAAUGAAGCGUCUCCAAACCGAGCUCCCACCCCACACUCCCGGCGCUCCAAUCGGUCUAAACCUCGAAAACAUCCUCGCAGUCGACCCCGAACACCUCAACCAGCUAAUCUGGGCCGUCGGCUUCCACAACAACAAAACGAAGUACAUAAAAGCCGCGGCACCGAUCCUCCGAGACAAAUGGGCGAGCGACAUCCCGGACACAAUCGAAGGGCUAGUAGCGCUCCCCGGCGUAGGCCCAAAGAUGGCGCACCUAUGUCUAUCAGCAGCCUGGGGACGGACAGAGGGGAUCGGGGUCGACGUGCACGUGCACCGGCUGACGAACAUGUGGGGCUGGCACGCGACGAAGAGCCCGGAGGAGACGCGGCUCGCGCUGCAGGCGUGGCUGCCGCGCGACCGGUGGCGCGAGAUCAAUUGGCUGCUCGUCGGCUUCGGGCAGACCGUGUGCUUGCCGGUGGGUAAGAAGUGCGGGGAUUGCGAGUUAGGUCUGCGCGGGCUGUGUAAGGCUGCUGAGAGGAAGAAGGUUGCGGAGGGGAGGAGGGUGAGGGAGAGUGUUGUGGUGGAGAAGAUGGAGGUUAAGGGUGAGGAUGGUGGGGCGGGGGUUAAGGUUGAGGUUAAGGAGGAGGAACGGGAGGAAGAGAUUGUGGAGAGGGAUGUUGUUGUUAAUGAGAAUAUGGAAGGUGUAGUGAAGAAGGAAGAAUCUACGGAGAGGUUUGAGGAUAUAGGAAAGGUUGAGGUAAAGUCGGAGUGUUCUCCGGAGUCAAGACAAGCGCCGAAGAGGUCACGGAAAUCAAGGAACGGUUAAAUUCUAGGGUUGGGUCACUAUACGGAUGGGAUUGGGCAGAAUGUAACAUAUCACAAGGACACGAUCAGACUUAAGGGGGU